AUGGAGAUCGAGAAUGCUAAGUUUCUCACCUGCAUCGAUACCACUGUGCAGAACCUGAAGACUGACCCUGUAUUUGAAGCAUUGGAUAAGAUAUUCCGCCGCUACAACAAGGCAGGCUUUCAGGUCAAGACGAUCAAGUGUGAUCGGGCUUUCAUUCCUCUCACGGAUGAUAUGCUAGACGACAUGGGUGUUACUAUUGACCCAACUGCAGCUGGAGACCACGAGCCUACCGCUGAGCGAAACAAUAGGACGCUGAAAGAAAGAGUCAGAGUAGGUCUUGCACGAUUACCCUACAAAGUGGUCCCAAAAGUGAUCACUGAAUGUCUUGGACGUCGAGCCGCCGAGCUAUUGAAUGUCUUCCCCCAGAAAGACAGUAUCUCAUCACAUUUCAGUCCGCAGCAACUCAUUGAUAAUGUCAAUAUCAACUACAAGAGUGACAUGGUUGCUGAACUUGGACAAUAUGUCCAUGCAAUUGGGACGGAUUCCAGCAAUUUGAUGGAACCCCAAAGUAUUGAAGCGAUUUACAUUGAACCUACAAAGGGACAACGUACUGGACACCGAGUGCUCAACCUCGACCCAAGGUCGUCAUACUACCCGUUACCGACCAAGUAA